AUGUCGAACUUCUAUGAAAGACGUGUGCUCCACUCGAUGGAGUCUCCGAUGCUUUGCGAUUUCAUCCCAGUCAAACUCGUCGUUCUCGUCGUCCAAAUCGCCACACUUCUCAUCACCGUCGGCGUCAUUUCGAGAAAUGUGUCGUUGAGUUCCGAAUCAGCGAUGUUCGAAAUUUUUGUGGUUGUCUUCCUUGUGGCUUCCGUCGUUUCAUUCCUCGCCGACUAUGAACUCUUCAUGCACAUUCACUAUUGGGUUGUAUGCGUCUUGAUCAUCGUGCCACUAUAUUAUUGGGGGCAAUCCAUUGUCAAUCUCUACAAUCACAUCUUCAACAACAGCGAGUCGCCAGCUGUUUUCUCGUUUGCCACAUCAACCUUCAUUUUGUGUUCAUACAUCUUCUACAUAUGGUCAUGCAGACAGCUCAUCAUAAGUCUUGGGCGCAAAUACGUUCUUCCAUUCUUCAAAUCUUAG